CUGCAGUGCCUUUCCCACCGCGGCCCCGCCCGCCCCCGCCGAGCCGAGCACUGGGCGGCGGCGGCGGCGGCGGCGGCGGCUGCUGGAGCAGCCCGGGAGGAGGAGGCGGCGAGGAUGGCACCGGCGUCGUGGGCGCGGCGGAGAUGAGCGCCCGCGGCCCCGGGCCCAGGGCGGCGCAGCCGGAGUGGGCGGGGGUCCCGAUGCAGGCCCGAGGGGGGCCAUGGGGCAGGUCCUGCCGGUCUUCGCCCACUGCAAAGAAGCUCCGUCUACAGCCUCCUCAACCCCUGAUUCCACAGAAGGAGGGAACGACGACUCUGAUUUUCGGGAGCUGCACACAGCCCGGGAAUUCUCAGAGGAGGACGAGGAGGAGACCACGUCGCAGGACUGGGGCACCCCCCGGGAGCUGACCUUCUCCUACAUCGCCUUUGAUGGCGUAGUGGGCUCCGGGGGCCGUAGGGAUUCAACUGCCCGCCGCCCCCGCCCCCAGGGCCGCUCAGUCUCAGAACCACGAGACCAGCAUCCUCAGCCCAGCCUGGGCGACAGCUUGGAGAGCAUCCCCAGCCUGAGCCAAUCCCCAGAGCCUGGACGCCGGGGUGAUCCUGACACCGCCCCUCCAUCCGAGCGCCCCCUGGAAGACCUGAGGCUUCGGUUGGACAAGCUGGGCUGGGUGGCCCGGGGAGUGGGAUCCGGGGAGGACUCUUCCACCAGCAGCUCCACCCCGCUGGAAGACGAAGAACCCGAAGAACCCAACAGAUUGGAGGCAGGAGAAGCUGGGGAAGAACUGGACCUACGACUCCGACUUGCUCAGUCCUCACCGCCCGAGGUCUUGACUCCCCAGCUCAGUGCGGGCUCUGGGACACCCCAGGCCGGUACUCCGUCCCCAUCCCAAUCGCGAGAUUCGAACUCUGGGCCCGAAGAGCCUUUGCUGGAAGAGGAAGAAAAGCAGCGGGGGCCACUGGAGCGAGAGCCAAUAAGGGGACAGUGCUUCGAUAGCACGGACCAAUUAGAAUUCACGGUGGAGCCACGCCUUCUAGUGGCGGACCUGCUGUACUGGAAGGACACGAGGACGUCAGGAGUGGUCUUCACAGGCCUCAUGGUCUCCCUCCUCUGCCUCCUGCACUUUAGCAUCGUGUCCGUGGCUGCGCACGUGGCUCUGUUGCUUCUCUGCGGCACCAUCUCUCUCAGGGUUUACCGCAAAGUGCUGCAGGCCGUGCACCGGGGGGACGGAGCCAACCCUUUCCAGGCCUACCUGGAUGUGGACCUCACCCUGACUCGCGAGCAGACAGAACGUUUGUCCCAGCAGAUCGCCUCCCACGUGGUCUCGGCGGCCACGCAGCUGCGGCAUUUCUUCCUGGUAGAAGACCUCGUGGAUUCCCUCAAGCUGGCCCUCCUCUUCUACAUCUUGACCUUCGUGGGUGCCAUCUUCAAUGGUUUGACGCUUCUCAUUCUGGGAGUGAUCGGUCUAUUCACCAUCCCCCUGCUGUACCGGCAGCACCAGGCUCAGAUCGACCAGUAUGUGGGGUUGGUGACCAAUCAGUUGAGCCACAUCAAAGCUAAGAUCCGAGCUAAAAUCCCAGGGACCGGAGCCCUGGCCUCUGCAGCAGCCGCAGUCUCCGGAUCCAAAGCCAAAGCCGAAUGAGAACGGUGUCUCUGCCCGCAGGACGCCUGCCCCCCACCCCCAGCAGCCCUCAGCCCACCUCCAUCUCCCGUCCGUUCCCACCCACUCCCCUCCUCGGCCUGAGCCUUUUCCCGGUGGGUGUCAGGAUCACUCCCACUAGGGACUCUGCGCUAAUUACCUGAGCGGUCAGGACUACAAUUCCCAAGAGGCUCUGCUCCAGGAGUCCAGGAAAGACGAGGCACCUUGGCCGCGGGGCCUGCUGGGACUUGUAGUUGCCUAGACAGGGCACCACCCUGCACUUCCGGACCCGCCGCUGGAGGCGCCGUGAGGCGUUGGUGUCUCCUGGACGCUACUAGCCCCUACGCCGGGGCUUUGCAUGGGGCCCAGGGGAGGCCUGAGCUUGGAUUUACACUGUAAUAAAGACUCCUGUGGAAAAC